AUGUUACCAGCACUCUCUGUCUUGCUAUGGCCCUUUUCCCUGUCGUUGCAGUCUACGGUAUUUUCAACAAGCCACAACUAUCCAGUUCAAGAAAAGCCUCUCAUAGGGUUACCACAAGAUGUCACAGCGCCAGUUCUGCGAACAUUGAGUGUUUUUUCUGAAUAUUCUGCUGCAGCAACUUGUAUAAAUAACUUCAAUGCGACUGCAGGCGCAAAAGUCACUUGUGACCCGGGAAAAUGUCCAAUUAUUGAAUUCUCUGAUACAGAAAUUAUAGGCUCCUUCCAAGGAAUAAACCCUGGCAAUACAACGGGCUUCAUUGCAAUCGACAGAACUCAUCAACGUAUUAUUCUUUCCUUCCGCGGAAGUGAAUACUCCGGAAACUUCAAAACCGACGGCAACUACACCCAAAUUGCCGUACCUGAAAUUUGCCCGGACUGUUUAAUGCAUGGAGGGUUCCUUAGUGCUUGGAACAGUGCUUCGAGUUUCAUAAUGCCGACAUUGGAUUGCGCCGUGAAGGUUUUCCCCCACUUCACUGUUGCUUUCACUGGGCAUAGUCUUGGGGGUGCACUGUCCACAGUUGGUGCAACGUACCUGAGAAAAGCAAACCGGACGAUUGAUCUUUUUACAUUUGGCAGUCCUCAAAUUGGAAACUAUAGUGUUGCAGAGGUUAUUACCAACACAACAAUGGGUUUGAACUAUCGAAGUUUUGGCAACUUCCAAACGUGUCAAAAAAAAUGGCAAUACAGCCAAUCCUCCCCUGAAUACUGGAUCACUUCAAAUAAUACCGUGAAACCUACACCUGCUGACGUCGAAGUUAUCGAGGGCAUUGACAACAAGACAGGGAACCUUGGACAGACCGGCUGUGAUAUCACAGCGCACAAUUGGUAUAUCGGAAACAUGACGGGCUGUUCUCGGGAUGGUGCCAGCAAAGGUUCUGGGAAGGGUUGGUGUGACCUCUGA